AUGGACUUGCCCAAGUCCGCAUCCCCUGCGCAUACAAAUACGCUUGAGGAGACUUCGACACCGGUCUCGGAAGCAACAUGCGCAAGCCCAAUCCAUGGACAAGAUGUCUCUGACUUGGAGGCUGAAUCAGAGGCUUCACAACUUAUAGAUGAUUCUCAGCCAGCGGCGCACACUGCCUCCAACCAACCAACUCCUGAUGAUGACGACGAUGAUGAUGAUGAUGAAGAAGAACAAGAUUCUUACUUCACGGGUGAUCUAGCGGAGAACCAGCGAAGAGAAGUCAAAUCUCGGUUCUUGGGCACCAUUGAUAUCACAUUCGACUCUCAAGACGAAAACAUGCGUGUCCAGUGCAGCUUGUUGCCAAAAGAUUUCUACCGGACCUUCUACGAAACUUCGGCCACUCUAAGUCGCUAUGUGACUGUUGACACUCACGUGAAGCAUCGCAAGAGGAAGGAUCUAAAGAUGGAUGAUCACAACGCCUUCCAGGCUGUUGCGGUUUUCUCUCUUGACCAAAACAUGUUUCUGGAAGAAAUCGAGAGGCACCUCGUAUGGAAUCAAAAGAAAAUCCCAUCUGCAUAUAUAUCGGUUUUCAACGGUAUCGACCAUGCAAAGAGACGGGCAAAUUUCCAUUACGAUAGAAGUCAGCGCAUCGGACAGCGUGUAAGCGUCGCCAAGAUACACACUAAGGGCCUCAUUCCUGCCACUAUACGCGCAGAGUGUGAAACAACUGUCAAAGUUUUCACCCAAACUUACGUGCUUGGAGAAAGCGUGAAAAUCAAAAGUUACUCUCGACAAGUCGACAUUCCCGUAUGGAUCCAUAAGAAAGCAAUGGAGCAAUACGGCCGUACUAUCACACCUGAGCAGUUGAAGAAAUCCGGCGCGGAUAUGUGGUUGUCCAUUACGGAACUUCGCAUGUCGAACCUCAAGGUGGCGGGGCCCACAUUCAACAAGACCAGAGAUGUGAUCUGCGCAAAAGGACACGACUACGAGUGGCUCUGUUGCGGCGGCAUUCCCAAGUCAAGAAUCGAGGGUGUUUGUCCUUGGGAUGGCAAGGUAUUACACAUGACUGACCCUGGCCAUCCGAUUCGAAGUUUCGAAAACAGUGGUCAGCCUUGGGUCUGGAGUUGGAAAAAGGAGAUUUGGCUCCCGGAGUUGUUUUCAGCCUCUGCAAUUGCUGCCCAGAGUGAAGGUUCCAACACCAAGCGCCAGCGUACUGAUGAUGAGGCGGUCAUUCAGGAUAAAAACAAGAAGACGAAGGUUUCUGAGUGCUCUAAAGCACGCCCGCUGCUCUCAAUGAGUGCCGUUCAUACGAUCUGGUCUGAGCUUUGA